AUGCCUGAUUCUGGAUCACCUUUGCCUCUCGCUGCGCUGUUUGUCAUCUACUGUCUGUGUUCCGCUCGGCUGAGCUCGGAGUCUGGCGGAGUGGUCCCAUUGUUUUUGACACGUGGUCUUUUGUCUUUCCCGCAAUGCAGGAACCUGGUGACGUCGUUUGAAGGCAAGCACGGCAGCGUGCGGUACUGGGUCAAGGCCAAGCUUCACCGACCUUGGGCCACGGUGAAGAAAAUCAAGCGAGAAUUCACCGUGAUUGAACCCAUUGACAUCAACACGCCCUCGUUGCUGGCUCCACAAGCUGGGACAAAGGAGAAGUUGGCUCAUGUGUGGUACUGCAACCUCGGCCACCUGGCUCUGACUGCAAAGAUUGACCGGAAAGGCUACACACCAGGUGAGGUGAUCCCGAUCUUCGCUGAAGUGGACAAUUGCUGCUCGCGCACAGUCACUCCCAAGGCGGCCAUCAUCCAGAUGCAGACGUUCAGCGCCCGCGGCACCACCAAGCAGAAGAAGUCGGUGGUGGCCACGCUGCACGGCGAGGGGGUGGCCCCGCGGAAAAGGGGCACGUGGCACGGCCGUCCCCUCAAGAUCCCGCCCGUCUCGCCCACUCUCAAGUGCCGUGUGAUCCGUGUGGACUACGCGCUGCGGAUUUACGUUGAGAUCCCAGGAAUGUCCAAGCUGUCGUUGGAGCUGCCUCUGGUCAUCGGCACCAUCCCGCUACAUCCGUUCGGAAGCCGCUCGUCCAGCGUGGGAAGCCAGUACAGCAUGGACAUAGACUGGCUACGUCUCACCCUCCCAGAGAGACCAGAACCUCCUCCUGACUACCUGGAGGUGGUUUCUGAGGAAGAUGCCAGCCAGUCCGACCAACGCAUGUCUGUUCCCGAGAGCCUGGAGGAGCACGGGGGAAUGUUGGAGCAUCCCUUCUUUGUCUACGUGCAGGAGUUCCGAAACCGCCCUCCGCCCCUUUACUCUGAGAUUGAUCCCCACCCCCAGAGAUCGGAGAUGCGUCGGAGAUGCAUGACCUGCUGAAGACUUCUCUGCGUGACUUUGGGCAGGAAAAUAAUAGAAACCAAGCAGAAGCGAGAUUUAAAAUGCACCUUCAAAGCCUCGGCCGCUGCCGGCACCUCGAGUGGACGCUCGAGACGUCGCUGCCUGAAGGUGAAUGGGGCAGCUUCGGGAAGGGAGGAGAGCGUGGCCUUCUGACUGCUGGAUGCGCCACACGCCUGAUUCUGGAUCACCUUUGCCUCUCUCUGCGCUGUUUGUCAUCUACUGUCUGUGUUCCGCUCGGCUGAGCUCGGCGUCUGACGGAGUGGUCCCGUACCACGAGGGGGGGGGGGGGGGGGGGGGGGGGGGGGAAUGGGUGGAGGUCGGAGUUGGCCACUCGUAGAUCUGAAGCCGGCAAGCCCGCUGCCCUGGCCACUCUUGGGUCGCCCAUGUUUACCAGGAGGGAGCUGGCGCUUGGCCAGUCUUGCAAAGGUGGGGUGGAGGGCUAUCAGGGAGCAUGGGGGAGUGGGCCUAAGGGAUGUCUGUCUACCUGGGGCAGCUGGGCAGCUACCACCAUGAAGCUGAUGUUCUGGAAACUUGCACAUGGACCAGAGAAAAGUGGAGACCAUCCUGUUGCUGGACUAAUCCCGUCCGAUAUCUCCCUGUUCUGUGGGCACCAUGUGUUUGUCUUCACACUGCGACUGGUUAACCUGCUUUAGUGGUUAGGAUGCAUGGACCAUUCCAUAGACUGAGGAGGGGUGGCACAGUCACGGUGAGAGAGUCUGGCCUCCAGUGCAGAGAAGAGUUUUAAAGAAAAGUUUGUUUUUUUUAAAACACACAACGUGCCAGCUGCUCUUCCAUCCAACCUCCUUGACCCGACCACCCAGUCCAAGUUCCAAGAAGGCCAGAGCUGUCUGAUGUGGAAUAUUGACCUGGGGAAUAAUAUUUAGUAUAGCUGGCUUCUUGGAUCUGUGCUAUUUUCUAUUUGGGUUGUUAUUCCUUGCGUUUAAAGAUGAAAGAUGUACAAAGUGGACCACGAGGGGGGGGGGGGGGGGGGGGGGGGAGUGGACAGGAGAGAUGCCGUUACUGGGCAUCCUUUACAAUGGCCUUGACUGUAAAUUCAAUGAUAUAGAGGAUAGUUGACCAUCUCCAUACUGGAGCUGUGCCUAUAACCAGCUGGUGCCUACAGGCCCUCCAGCCUUAGAAACAGGAGAGCUCUGUGCAUUUACUUAAGACUUUCAGUGACAUAUACUGAUGAAUAUCGAUCUCUGAUUUUUUUUAUCUAUACCUUGCCUAUCAUUUUUUAGAUU